UUCUCUCUCACCUCCCAAACAAAAAGCAAGAAAAUACGGAAUAUAUGUUUCUUUACUUUUCCUCUUUAUACAACCAAUUAAACAAAUAAAUAACUAAACAAAUGAAAAUAAUAAUAAAAUAAUUGUACCUGCCAAGUACGCCUACCUGUACGUCCCACCUCUCUAUAAAUUACUCCUCUCACCCCUCACUCUCUCUCCCUAUCUCUCUCUAUCUCUCUCCUCCUCUUUCUCUCUGUACACACACCUCUUCUCUCAGUUCUCAUCAUGAAGAAGUUAAUUCGCCGCCUCUCCCGAGUCGCCGACUCAUCACAGUACACUCUCCUCCGCUCCUCGACUCGUCCGCUCAGCUCAAACUCGUUCCGGUCACUGAAGCUCCGGCGAUCCAACACCGUUCCGGUCGGUCACCUCCCUGUCUACGUCGGCGACGAAAUGGAGCGGUUCAUCGUGUCCGCCGAGCUGAUAAAUCACCCGAUCUUCAUCCAAUUGCUCAACAAAUCGGCGCAAGAGUACGGUUACGAGCAGAAAGGCGUGCUUCGGAUCCCCUGCGACGUCGUCGACUUCGAGAAGGUUCUACAAGCCUUGAAACUCGGGGAGAUUUCAAUUGAUGUGCAGGAUCUGAUUAAUUCCAUCUCCGAUGAGUUUGAUUUUUCGUAGCUGGUAUGAAUUUUCAGCAUGUUAGAGAUGGAGAUUAGGUAGAUGAGUAGAUCGUGAUGUUAUGAGUAGAUCGAGAUGUGAUUUGUAUAUAUCGUGUGUUGCUUUUGAUGUCGAAAGAGUUAAAUUAGGGUUUGUUUUUGUGUUGUUUACACUUUACAGUGUAGUGAGAGCCUUUUGAGGGAUCUUAUGUGUAUUCUCUCCUCGCUGUGAUACAUGAAAUGAUAUCGCUGCCUGUAUUUUUGCCCUAAUAUAUUGCUUUUUCUGCUUC